AUGGCUACCGCGGACUACAGCGACCUCCCCAUCCUCGACCCCCAUGAUCUGUCCUGCAUGAGGCUCUCCUCCGACCCCGCGACCCCAAUUGAACACGCAUGUCGAGAUGGUCCUCUGUCCACGGUGCAGGCCAUGGUUGCCGACCAAACCUGCACGCCGGCCUUCCUCCACCGCAGCCUCACCUUUGCCCUCGGCGCGGGCCACGAGGACAUCGCUCAUUAUCUUCUCGAAGCCGGUGCGCCUAUCGUUCGACUGACCCCAGUCAAUAUCUUCCGGGCUGCCUCCGACCGUCAUCUUCCCCUCUUCCGGCUGCUUUCCCUCCACGGCUGGAGUCCGCAAGGCUUCUGGGACGAUGGGAGCCUACUGACGGUCCGGGUCAUCACCAACAAACCCCUGCUUCGCUGGCUCCUCAACCAGGGGGUCGAUCCCAAUGCGGGCGCGUCUGAUCCCAGCCGGCGCUCGGCUCUCGAAUUGGUAGCCGGCAACGGCGAUUUCGAGACAGUGCGUCUUCUACUGGACGCGGGGGCAGAUGUCCAGCAGGGUGUCCCGUUGCAUGUCGCUGCCGCCGCGUGCCCCCCGGGGACCGAUGCUGGGCGGAAUCCCAUCCCCCCGACCAGAGAGUUCGACACCGCGCGGAUCCCCACUAUGACCCUGCUGGUGGAACGCGGGGCAAAGGUGAAUCAAUCCCAGGAAGCUCGACUUAUGGCGCCGCGAUAUGCGAUUGUGUAUGCGGUCAUGGCCGGGGCGGUCGAGAGGGUCCGGUGGUUGCUGGCCCACGAGGCAGAUCCGGAGGUCAAGGGAGCUUUCGGAAGUGCCUAUGACUACGCGCAGUCGAGGGGCAGUGACGAGAUACGAAGCGUGUUGGCUGAAGGGGUGUAG